AUGAACAUCUUCACAAUCCGAGAAGCCCUCAUCAGAAAUUCCUCUUCAUAUCAUCAUGGUCUCAUUCCCUUCCCGGAAUUCAACUGCUGGCGCCACCCUCAAAUCUUGUCUGAUCGCAAGAACAAAGGAUCGACCGACCAUACACCUCUUCCCAACGGUCGCGGGCCUCUCGAUGGCGAUCGCGGCAUCAUCAACGCGAUGAACGCUCUGAAGACGGCGAACGACGACCUGGUCGAAAAGGGGAUAGUUACGAGCAACGAGAAGAUGAGUAUCCACUUUCUCGUCGAUGUGGAGGAGGAGAACCUUGCUGGUGGAGCUGAAAUGACCAAUCAGGAGAUUGUGGACCUGGUCAUUGCCGAAGAGUUGGAGGAGAAUUGCGAGAGAGAAGGAGGAGAGGAGGAAGGGGAGAUAGAGCUCCGACCGGCGGAGCACGCUGCAGGAGGCAAUCUCAGCGCUUGA